ACCAUUUCUCACACAUACCUCUACCUCCCUCCAAAAACCACCAAAACCCUUGCACUCACGGAUUGUCCUCCUUUAAGUCACAUUCACACAUAUAUCCGAAGCCCAAUGUCCCGCCACAACUCCUCCUCUAGUUUCCCUUCUUGCUUCCGCCCCUCCCCAACCACCGCCCAACACCACCACUCCCCGCCGCCGACGCCUCCUCCCCCAAUCUCCGGCCACGCCAACCUAACCACCUGUCUCUACCACACCGACUUCGCCCUCUUCUCGCUCACCUGGUCUCGCUCCUUCCUUGGCGGCCGCUCUCUCCACCUCAACCUCCUCCACCACGCCUUCGACUCUCCCCCACCUCCUUCUUCCUCCCCUUCUUUCCACCUCAACAUCAAGCCCUUCUUCUUCUGGAAACGCCAUGGAUCCAAGAAGCUCGCCCCCAAUAUCCUCAUUUUCUGGGACUUCUCCAGAGCCCGAUUCGGCUCCGGACCCGAACCCGUUUCCGCGUUCUACGUCGCCGUCGUAGUUGAGGGCGACAUGACCCUCCUCCUCGGAGAUUUGAACAAAGAGGCUUAUGCCAAAACCAGAGCCAAACAGGCGCUGGAUGAAAGUCCUCAACCGCAGGCUCUGGUUUUGAAGCGAGAGCACGUGGUUGCCAAGAACAUUUACACCACCAAGGCCAAAUUGGGCGGCAGAAUCAGAGACAUCCAAAUCGAUUGCGGCCACAAUGACGACUUCAGCCGGCUCACCUUCAGAGUCGACAACAAAAGGGUUCUGCAGAUAAAGCGAUUGAAGUGGAAAUUCAGAGGGAAUGAGCGGAUUGAGGUGGACGGUGUGCCGAUGCAUAUCUCAUGGGACGUCUACAAUUGGCUUUUCGAGAAUGACAGCAAUGAUGGCCAUGCAGUGUUCAUGUUCAGGUUCGAAGAAGACGAACAAGACAUUAAUACCCAAUUGAGUGUCGGUCAUUGGGCGCAGCAGCAGCAGCAGUUCUGGAAUUUCGGGAUGAAUGGGAUUGAGUGGAGGAAGAUGGGCAAGAGCUUUUCGUCUUCUUCCGUUUCAAUGUCGUCUGCGGGGUCUUGUAGCUCUUCGGUAAUGGAAUGGGCUACUAUGGAGGAGAGCGAGCUCAGCGCUGGUCCUACCGGAUUUUCUUUGCUCGUUUAUGCUUGGAGGAGGUGAAUUUGACUGGAAAUCGAAAUGCAUUGCUUCCUAAAUUAGCUGGUUUCAUAUUCAUAUAUGGUGAUAUAUAGUUACUACUAGUUCCCCACUAACCCAUUUGUUCUUGAACAUAAAUUCAAUAAGAUCCAAUCAAACUAUGAAAUUCAUAGAUACACAUGGAUGAUCUAACAAUUCUAGUUACAAAGAGGCAAACAAGCUUCCUUUUAGGUAUGUCUACUAGGAAUUGCUGUAAUAUUUGGAGUUGUUUGACGCAAUCAAUUAAAUUUGUGAAACAUAAUAUUGAUGAA